UUCGAUUGUAAAUGCUCUGGGACUCCACAUAGCUAGGUACAACUUCUUUUCAGAAAACUAAUCAGGAUAAUAUUGCAGAGGAAGUAGAAGCCAACCCGGUAGAGACAAUGCAAUGGCUAGUUCAGCACAUGAUUUUCAUUCUAUUGUUAUAUAAAUGGCGCAUAAGUACAGCAUCAUCAUCACCACUGAAGAUAGCGAAGGGGAACUGUACAUCGCAGUGCGGAGGUGUUAGCAUCCCAUACCCAUUUGGGAUAGGACCUAAUAACCAUUGUUAUUUUGACUCGUGGUACGAAAUAGAAUGCAACCUCUCUGUUCCAGUAGCAAAGCCGUUCUUGAGGCGUCUACAACUGGAGGUGCUGAAUAUUUCUGUUUAUGGUGGAAACACAACUGUUCAGGUUCCAAGCCCUGUUACUUACUUGAGUUGCAAAGGGAAGCAAUCUCCGCUAGCGCCAAAUCUGACCGGAAGCCCUUUUAUGUACUCUGUUGAAAACAGUUUCGUUGCAGUCAGUUGUGAUUCAUUUGCCUCGCUGCGCACAGAUACGCACACUCUUACUGGGUGCUCGUCAACGUGUCUUGAUCAAGAUAUUCUUUCCGCUUCUGAAAUGUGCAAGUAUGGUUUUGACUGUUGCCGGACUGCCCUUUCCCAAUUUAUCACUACUACUUUCAGCAUCACACAAGAACGAGAUGAAACAAGAAGAAAUAAGACGGAUUGCGAGGACUAUGCUUUCCUGGUUGACCAACAGUGGUUUGAUGAACAUAAAUCAGACUUCAGAGCUAUCAAGGAUAGGGACGUCGUUCCUGUGAAAUUAGACUGGAUCUUAAGCUUAGAAAAAAUAAGUCCUUGAUCAAGUCAUUUGAAGCAUUCACAGAAGU